AUGCAUCUCUCCAGCACCACCACAACCACGGCGGUCUUGCUGCUGCUGGGCGCCACCACGGCCAGCGCCUGGCGCGCCGGCCUCUGGACCACGGACGGCAGGAACCUGCAGGUCCACGGCACGGCCUGGCCCAAGUGCAACACGAUCCAGGCCAUACCCGUGGGCCAGGUGACCUUCGACCCGGCGACGGCCGGCGUCCCGGACCCGGGCCGCAUCUGCCUCUACAGCGGCGUCGACUGCGUCAGCUCCACCGUCCGGGGCUGCUUCGGGAAGAGCCUGACGGGCGUGCCGCUGCCCAACCCGGGCACCGUCAAGAGUUACAAGAUCGUGGCUUGA